GGCACUUGCAGGCAUUUCUCACUUCCUAGCAGGAUGAAACAUACCUACAGCGAGAACAACUGCAAAUCCAGAAGGUAAGAGUGUGUGGAUGGGAGGGAAAGGGCAAGCCUUAAAGAGGAAAGGGGGGAAAGGUGUGCACAGACAGGCAAAGGGAGAGAUUGGGGCUGGUAGUACUUGAAAGCUUUCAGAUCCUCAGCCUGUCAGUAUUCCUUCAACACUGUAAGGCUAAAUAUAUGUGCUAGGAUUACUUUAGUCUUGAUGGAUGGAUAGUCAGAAGUAAGAAAACUCCACUGUACAUCAUUUUACCAACUUUACACAAGUUAGCAGAUUUCAGUUCAGUCUGGGGCAGGGAUGUCCACGGCUGAUCACAUACCAGAGGUGCCAGUAGUGAAAACAUCACACAAACUGUUUUCUUGUGCACAGCCUGGCCAGAGCCACAGGAGAAGCAGGUUCUGCUGGCAGCCCUGUUCUGGAGCUUCACUCUUCAUGUCACCCUGCACUGACUGUCAGCCGUGCUAAAAAAAUACAGUGAAACAGAGCAAAGGAAGCAGGACGCUGCUGCAUUGCUACUCCUUAUCAUGGUGCUAAGAGGUCUGAGCAGAUAGUGCGGGUGUCCUGGUAAAUGUGACAUGGCAGCCGUGCAGAGCAGCAGCCCAGUGAGCAGAUAAUCACACCGCCAGCAAGGCUUGCUUCCUAAGAGCCUGAGUGUGCUCUGCCAUGACCAACAGAGUGGAAUUUUCCAGCUGGUUAGUCAGACUGCGCGUGCCAUGCUCCCGGCUCCCCACCGUGGCCGCUUGCUGAUGCCCGUUUAGCUUCAGGCUACAAACUGUGAGAUUUCUCAGGGGCUUCUCCUAGGUCAGGAACAAUCACUGGAAAAGUAGAUCAGAGAGCUCACAGAGGAGGUGGCCUGAUAAGCUGCGAACGUGCCUUCCCUCUAGCUCAGUUUCUGUAAUGAGCUGUGAGACAGUUUGCGUUGCUCUGUUGACAGCGUGCAGCCAGCACUACUCCAAGAUUCUCCAUGCUGCUGUUAGGGCUUCGUGUGCUUGCCUGAGCUAAGUCUGACGGCCUGCUGGCCACUGUGUCACCCAUCUGCUUUAAGGUCUGCAACAGAGGAGAGGAAGAAAGCUGAGAACUCAGCAAGGAUGCUGGGUUAAGGAAGGAGGCAUCUCAGAUAGUGUGAUCACUCCCUUGUUGCCAUGCUGCAAGCUGGCAGGUGCAGCCUGCCCACAGUGCCCUGAGUGCACACAGAUGCCUCCUGAAUCAUGACCCAGCACUGCAUGUACAGCUGGGUUCUUCCUGGAUGUUUAGGGAGACACAGGCCUCAAACCCAUGCAGCAGGCCCCAGACCCACGCAGCAGGCCCCAGACCCACGCAGCAGGCCCCAGACCCAUGCAGCAGGCCCCAAACCCAUGUGGCAGGCCUAAACUAAUGCAGCAGGCCCCAAACCCACGUGGCAGGCCCCAAGCCUUCUGUAGCUCUUCAUGGGGCAAAAUUUUCACUGGAACACAAGUUAUGGAGAUCUGUGUGAAGGGAAGACUGUGCUUGCACCUGGAAUUCUUCAAAAUAUUGGCCUUUAGAGCAAUGUUCUACAUCAAGGCAAAAAUGUGUUUUUGUCAAAAUUAGGAGUCAAAGAAAUGUGACAGAAGGAUGAAAAAAUGAGUGAAAAAAGUCUCUGAAGAAAAGCAUGAUUUUCCUAGAAAGAAUUGGUGGGAACAAAAGGCAAACUCCAUCAGGAGUGGCUACAAACAGCUGGUUUUAGAGGAUUCUGCAAUUCAGUGAAGGAAAGCCAAGGGUGUGGACUUCCUACACAUCUGUUUUCUCUGAAAUCCUGUGAUUUUGAAUUAUUCUCCUUCAAGAAAGUUAGCUGGUAAAUAACUGGAUAGAUUUCCAAGGAAAAGCACACUGCAAAAUCAGACCCCAGAAGUCAAUAAAAGUAGCACUUGGGUUUGCAGUCAAAGAUCUCACUUGGGAAUAGAAGACAGGCAGCCCAUUAAUAUGUGUUCAGGGAAGCAAUUGUUUGAGGCAGGGAUCUGGAAGAAACUUGGAGCUGCUAACUGUCCAGACUGUCCAGUGUCUACUGCAGGAUCAUCCACAUUGAUUAAGCUUUUAUAACUCAGAUCUCAUGAACAUUUUAGUCUAUGCCUGCGAGUGCUGUAUGCAUGGUGUUUCCAUGUCCACAUUAACUAAGGUAUGCUACAGCCCCUUGGUGUGUUAGUAUUAAUAUUAACAUUUAAGUUCUGCUCAGCUCAUCUGCAGCAGGAGCUAGCUGCUUCUUCCAAAUUAUCAUACAUAAAUUCAAGGGUCAGGUAGACCCAGGCUUAUAUAAUUUGCCUGGAAUUGUGGCGAAUUCAUCACCACCAGGAAAGAGUAAUGCAGGUUCAGAAAUGUUUCUAAAUAGUAUAUUCUACUUAAAAGAAAAUUAAUUAACACAGGGCUAUUCCUGUCCUAAAAAAGGAGGUCAGACUAAAUGAUCACAAAUGGUCCCUUUUGUCCUUGUAAUGUACACAUACACAGAGUUGGGAACUGAUGGAGAAGAGAGCAUAAUGCCAAUGGUAAUACCAUGUGGAGAAUACCAGAGAAAAUGGGCCAAGUUAAAUUUGGACAAAUAUAUCAUCAGAGCAGCAGAAGUAUUGCCACCCUGCUUUCCUAGCUCGGAGAAGGCAGACUUAACCCGCAGUAGCACUGGACCAAGACAUGUGAAAUAUCAGUAAGGUUUUUUGAUAUUCUCCAGCUUGUACAGCUCAGUCAUGUAGGAUGUAACGUAAUGUUGAUGGAAAGCCCUGUAAGCCAUUCCCCUGUUGUAAUGAAGUUGAGGCAUGUUAGGAUGUUAAUACAGAGUGUGCUACAGGGGAGCAUGUGGCUGUGCUGCUUCACAGUAUUUCAUCCUCAGAAACAAACAGUUUUAAAAGUAGGAGUUGUGCCCACUGCUGUUCUCUGGACCGCUACUCCCUGCCAAGAAACAUUGCUCACUGUUUUCACAUCGCUUGGCUGCACAACAGUUGCAGUCAGACAGUAUGGUGUACGCUGCAUGCGGCUCGGCAGCUUCCUCUCAGCCCAACAGCUGUCCAGUUUUGGUCUUCCUACCACGUGGCUGUCCUAUGGGAUGCUGUUCCCUACACUGAAGAUUAAAUCUUCCCCUCCAUGGCUUCCCAGCUGCCAGGGACCCACUCACACCCCUCAAGCCACAGACCAUCCCAGAGCGGUUGCUGCCAACCUAAUAACCCAUUUCCUUAGAGCCCAACUCUCAUUUGGAAAUUGGGUGAGAUUCUCUUCUUCCAAGCUGCUCCUGGCUGCCCUGUCAGCAUCCAGCUGUGUGGGCAGGGAGGCUGGGGAGAUGGGGAGGGGGAGCAGCUUCUUCAAGCCAUCCUAACAACAAAUGCAAGCUCUGUGCUAAUGUACAAUGAGGCAGCUGAUGUCUGUUGGCAUCCUUGCUGGACUCAACAAACUGCAGCAGUGAAUAGGGAGUGACCAGAAAGCAUGAAAGCUGGGGAAGCUGUGCACCACGAAGUACAGCCAGGCAUGGGCUGCAGAGGUAGGGUGGUGGCAGGAGGGAGGUGUAAGUGCAGUCUGCUUAUGGAAGAGAAGAAAUGAAGAAAACAAUUUUCAAUAGGUAAUGCAACAUGCACAUUAGAACUGUGUCUGCACUGCACAAAGCACAUUCCCAAAUAAUGCAAGAUGUUAAGAAGAGUUCAGUGUAAAAACACAGUAAGGGAAGCGAAACAAAGAUCCUUAGGAAGAACUUGUUUAUGGCAUGAAACCUGAAUAAAGCCUCUUUCAAAUACGUAAGACAGAACUGCUAGACAGUUUGUACUGCUGGGAGGAAAGCCAAGGGCUGAAAGGAAGAGUCAGAGGUGGGUUUGGGCAGAAAAGGGAAUCUAAACGACUCCUCGUAUCCAUUCCCACUACUGGCAGGGGGAUUUGGAUGAGAUUUUCACAAGAGCUGCCAUCUGUACCAACAAGGUGAAAAUCUGAUCGUGAAGCAGUGUUACAGCUCAAGGGGGGGCAGAUUUGCAUCAGUCUGAUCCCAAACAAAACAUCUCUUUACAUUUCUGCUAGGACUUUUCUGCACUUCAUGUGUUGCAAGAGUUUAAAUUUUGGCUUUUUGUUUCAAAAUAGGGCAAAAAUAAAUGUCGAAAUAUUGGCUUUUCCCAUAGGGAGGAAAUGCCAUUAUUUGAGCAGCUCUGCUUAACACAAAGGAGAUUCAUUUGCAGAAACUCUGCUAACUUGGAAUGAAGGUCAUGGCUGCAUAAUUGGACUCUGCUCCCUGGACCGAGCGAGCAGCACAAGAUAUAAAAUUAAUCCCAACCCCCAAAUUAAGGUUACUGUAACAAGGAGAACCAGACCACAGAAUUGCAAAAUCCAGCAGAGGAAGAUUUGAGGGAUUGCUUAACAUAUCAGAAAAUCACAUCUUUCCCCGUGGCAAUUAGCAACGGGGAAUAUUAGCACCUGGGUUUUUGCACUUGAGAUUCAUGGCAGCGUGCUUCCUGGUGUGUUCUCAGCAGCUGGGAGAAACUGAGUGCUGUCAGAAGGCUGAAGCGAUAAAUGCUGGCUGUUAAGUAGUGAACCUGUGGGACAGUGGGCAUAGCUUUCUGCUGGAUGUUUUCCAACCCAAUACUGCAGCUGCUCCACUGGGCCUGAAUAUCUCUCUGUGAGAUGACCAGAAGCCCUGUGCAGACUUUAUUUCAAGAGUCCUUUGCCCACAUCCUCACUCUUUUAGGACUGAGGUCUCUCCAAGCUGUGCAGAGGCACAGGCUGAGGACAUGCUUCAAGAGGGUGCAAAGCAAGCUGCCCGGCACCUAUGGGGCAUUUUUAGUCUGCUUAUGAGAUUAACACAAAUCUUUUUGAAAGGCCCUUUGUGAAGGAACUGGAAAGGAGCUGAUUUGGGAAAGCAGCUCCGUGCAGCGUCAGGUUGCUGCAUGUGCCCUAUUUUAUAACUUGAAGGCGCCUGGGAGUUGCCACAGCUAAAAGUCAAAAUGAAAUGUGGAUGAAGUUGGUGAAAGAGAAGUUCUAAGGCACCCGCCAUCGUGUGUUCGUGGCUAAAGAAAGCACAGAGAUAUUAAAUGGGGUUUAAGGAACUGGGUAGGAAUUAGCACAGAUUCUAUGAGCCAAGCUGGGCUGCAGGCAGAAAAGGUGGAAAUAGGCAAUUAACCACCAUUAAUCAACCAUUUCACGCAACUGCUGAGCUGGCCAAGUGCAGGGCAGCUCUGCCCCUCUCUGGGUAGUGCCAGAAAUGCACUGUGCAUGCGAGGAGCACUUUUGUGACUGCAGCCAAUCACUCAGGCCUGCAGCGGGCAGCUAACAGUGAGCUCAGGUGCAAUCCUAUAGGGCCAGCUGCUGGCUGAAAGAGGGGGCAGAAGCCAUGAGCCGCCUCCUCUUCCCUCUGCUGUUGGAGUCUGUGCCAGAUAACCGGAGGCAUUUUGGAAGAAAAUCAUCUCACAUUCCAAUACACGCUUUGUUGAAAGGGUGACUGACACUUCGCAGCGCACAGGGUUUGGGUUUCCAGUCCCAGCUGACGCUCACAUGAGCUGAGACCUCAUUGAACUUGUGCAGCCUUCGGAGGCAUUGCUCAGAGCUCUCUGCUAAUGCUGUACCUUCCAAAGGAGAAAAUCCUACACCCUGCCUUUGAGCUUCGAGAAUCAAGGAACAAAACAACUCAGAAUAAUCCCCCGAGGAGAAAGAGACCCACUGUGCUCCUGCCUGACCACUGACACUUGUUCCAGGCAGAGCAGCAGCGUGCCGGGGCUGACCAUGAGCGAGCAGAGCCACGUCAACAGCCUGUUCCUCAACGAGGAUGCAGCCAAGCGGCUCCACGCCGAGGGCCGGGUGCAGCGCCUGCGGCAGGCAGUGCAGAAGCGGGCGGCGCGGGCCAAGAAGAGGAUGAGCAGCAUCACUGCCGACAGCGCCAAGAGCUUCUUCCGCAGAAACGCCUUUGUCCUCUUCACCAUCGCUGCCGUCUUGCUCGGGAUCAUCCUGGCCUUUUCUCUCCGGCCCUACCAGCUCACCUACCGCCAGAUCAAGUACUUCUCCUUCCCAGGAGAGCUGCUGAUGCGCAUGCUCCAGAUGCUGGUUCUUCCUCUCAUUGUCUCUAGCUUGAUUACAGGAAUGGCCUCUCUGGAUGGCAGAGCCUCAGGGAAGAUGGGUAUGCGGGCUGUGGUCUACUACAUGGUGACCACAAUCAUAGCAGUCUUCAUUGGCAUCCUCAUGGUGAUCAUCAUCCAUCCAGGGAAAGGAUCUAAGGACAAGCUUCACCGAGAAGGCAGAAUUGAGCAGGUGCAGACCACAGAUGCCUUCAUGGACUUGGUGAGGAAUAUGUUCCCGCCCAACCUGGUAGAAGCCUGCUUCAAACAGUACAAGACGCAGUACAGCACCAGAGUCUUCACCAGAACCGUCCUCCACAGCAGCAACGUCACAGCAAGCGUGGCAGCCACUCAGCUCCCUGUGCCUGAGAACUCCACUGGCAUCCUGGAGAAUGUCACACAUGCCCUGGGGACCAUCUCCGAGGUGCUGACCUUUGAAGAAGUCAUUCCCAUCCCGGGCUCAGCCAAUGGGGUGAACGCGCUGGGGCUGGUAGUGUUCUCCAUGUGCUUCGGUUUGGUGAUCGGCAGCAUGAAGCAGAAGGGACGGGCCCUGCGGGAGUUCUUUAACUGCCUCAACGAAGCCAUCAUGAGGCUGGUGGCCAUUAUCAUCUGGUACGCCCCAGUUGGGAUCAUGUUUCUAAUUGCUGGCAAGAUCCUGGAGAUGGAUGACCUGGCGGUGAUGGGGGGCCAGCUGGGGAUGUACACCCUCACUGUCAUCGUCGGGCUCCUCAUUCACGCCCUCUGCAUUCUGCCGCUGCUCUACUUCAUCGUCACCCACAGGAACCCCUGGGUAUUCAUUGCAGGGCUUCUGCAGGCCCUCAUCACAGCCCUGGGCACCUCCUCAAGCUCAGCAACUCUGCCCAUCACCUUCAGGUGCCUGGAAGAAAACAACGGUGUGGACAGACGCAUCACGAGGUUUGUUCUGCCCGUGGGAGCUACCAUUAACAUGGAUGGCACCGCUCUGUAUGAGGCCCUCGCUGCCAUCUUCAUUGCACAAGUCAACAACUACGAACUCGACUUUGGGCAGAUCAUCACAAUAAGCAUCACUGCCACGGCAGCCAGCAUCGGUGCUGCAGGCAUUCCCCAGGCAGGGCUGGUGACCAUGGUCAUAGUGCUGACAUCGGUGGGGCUGCCAACUGAAGACAUUACGCUGAUCAUCGCUGUGGACUGGUUCCUGGACCGCCUUAGAACGACCACCAACGUCCUGGGGGACUCUCUGGGUGCUGGCAUUGUGGAGCAUCUCUCCCGGCAGGAGCUGGAUGCGCAGGACUGCGAACUCGAUUAUUUGUCCAACUUCUCAAGAAAGCAUUGAAUUCUACUCCUGAAGAGACUUUCUGUAUAUAUAUAUAAAGGGCAAACCAAGGGAUGAAUUGGAAGAAAAGAAAAGAUGGUUGGAUUGGACUCUAGCUCCAAUGGGAAUUAAUUCUGGGCAGCCCUACGACAUGGGGUUAUGCAGAGAGUCAAACUAGUUGAUCAUGAGUGUCCCUUCUGGCUUUAUAAUAUAUGCACGUGCUUUCUGGUUUAGAGGUACUGCAAAAGGUCCUUCUGAUUGUUUCCAAAAGCUGUCAGAAAGGAUCCUAAUGGUAACCUAACAAAACUCAGCAGGACUCUAACCUGUUUUCAGUUGCUGUUAGCAGAUAUGUAAGCAUAUCACAAAAGGAGAUCUCCAUACUGCGUUGCAUUGGCAUCAUCUCAGUCGUUCCCACCAGGCAGCACGCUCCAAGGCUUGCCAUGUGAUUUCCUGCCUUCAACAAAAGAUUAAUGGAGCAUGAACGAGUAGAUGGCUCCUUUUCCAGUCCUGCAAGCCAGUUUGCCGUGGGGAAUUUCCGAAUUCAGCUGAUAUUUUUUUGCUCUGGUGUCCACCCAUGUUGUGGACCAAUUUAUGAUUGGGGUUAUCCAUUUGUUUACGAUACCCAAACAGUAUUGUCAGGAAUUUGCUUAUGUAUAUACAAAUACAUCUAUAUACAGGUGUGUGUGUGUGUGUGUGUGUGUGUGUAAAAGGGGUGCACGUGCACAUGUACAUAUACACACAAUUAUUCUGUUGCUGAUCUGAGGACAGGCAGUACUGAACCCUCUCUCUAUGAGGUUGCAUACUUAAUUCUGACACCCAGUUUGAUUUGUAAAACGAUUCCCACCUCCAAAACAACAGAGGCUGUUCUACAUUGCAGUAACAACUCUUCUAAAGCAAGGUUUAUUUGGAAGGAGUGUGCUAAUUGUGAGCUGUAGCUGCUCCCAGUGUGUAUACCCCAAGGUCUCGAGUCCCCACACUGCCCAGCUUUGCAAGGAGGCACGCUUUCAAGAGCUCAGCCAGGAAUACAGAAGUGUUUGUACUCCUUCCAAGCCCAAACUCUGACCUCGUACCAACUCAGCCUUCGGAACUGCGCAACUGAAAGUACUAAAUCAUUUUAUCAGCUCUCUUUUUAAGUUAUCAGCUGUUCGGGAGCGUAUGCGGUCUUUUCUUUACUGUAGUGCUGCUGCUUCUAGUUGCAGAAACACAGCAAGUUUCUUCUCUUGGCAAAUAAUUUAUUCCUGAUGAUUGGGUGGGCAACGUUUGGGCUGAAACGGGGAGCCGCCUCAAUGCGUGCGCCCAUGAGGAGCUCUUGGAUCAGGGCACAUCCCUUCGAAGGGAAUUGUAAGAGAGAAAAUACAUAGAAUAUGGAUAUCCACACAUCAGGCCGUGGAUCGCAUUCAUUACGUGGUGUGUGCAGGUCGUUUCAGAAGCCAGAUCUGCCCAUGAAAUCUGGAAUGAUGAAAUUUGCUCUCCCCGGGGAUGAAGGUGGUAACUGGAAAUCACUGCUGCAGUGUUGUUGUCGCAUUCGGGCAGUUUGACUGUGUUAAUUCCCAAGGCCUUUCUUUCCAUGCUGUGAGUUUCAAUGUCAAUAAAGAUAGUUUGCAUAUUUGAAAAAUAAAGGGAAUCUUUUUCCACGA